AUUCACCGCCCUCCAAAACAAAUGCAUAGGUAGCUGUUGUUAUUGCUCUCUGCAAUACGUCUUUUCCAUUUACGCCAAUAGAUCUAUAUCAACCAGUACCUGAAAAGAAGCGCCAUGGUAUUCCCAUUCGGUUAUCUCCAGCACCGCCGAGACUGUCAAUUUAAACAGUCGGAAAGGGUCCAGAGGAUUCGUGCACUAACCGCCUACCAUGGCCCCUUUUCCGUUCUGGAUCGUGAGAUUGUCCAAAAGCCCAUCGGGGAGCUGGUAGAGGAUGUUCGCAAGGGAUCUCUCGAGCCUCUUGAUAUCCUCAGAACAUAUGGCAAGGUGGCCAUAAAAGCCCACGAAAAGACCAACUGCCUCACCGAAGUCAUGCUCUCCUCUGCCGAGACGUGGCUGACCGACGGCUCCAUCAACCUCAAGGGUCCCCUUGCCGGCAUCCCCGUGUCACUCAAGGAUACAAUCGUCGUGGCCGACUAUGACGCCACUGUUGGCUUCUCGAGACUAGUCGGGAACAAGACAGGCCAGGACGGCCCAGUGGUCCGCCUACUCAAGGAUGCCGGCGCCGUUCCAUACGUCAAGACCAACUUGCCCGUCACUCUACUCUCCUUCGAGUCGACCAACGACGUCUGGGGCCGCUCUACCAACCCGCACAAUGAGGAAUACAGUCCCGGCGGCUCGACUGGCGGCGAGUCAGCCCUCCUGGCCAUGGGCGGCCGCAUUGGCAUCGGCUCCGACGUCGCGGGCAGCGUCCGUGUUCCCGCCCACUUCGCGGGCUGCUACGCGCUGCGCUGUUCCACGGGCCGGUGGCCCAAGGUCGGUUUCCGCACGAGCAUGCCGGGCCAGGAAGGCGUGCCGUCGGUCUACAGCCCCAUGGCUCGCACGCUGGACGACCUGACCUACUUCACGCGCGCCGUCGUCGAGAUGAAGCCAUGGAAAUACGACUACACCGUCCACCCGCUAGCGUGGCGCGCCGAGAUGGCGACGGAGUAUCUGGCCAAGGAGCGGCUCCGCGUGGGCGUCUUGCGUACCGACGGCGUCGUCGACCCGAGCCCGGCGUGUCGGCGUUCCCUCGAGAUGGUCGAGGCGGCGCUUCGCAAGCAGGGCCACGAGAUUGUGGAGGUGAACCCCCCGUCCCCUUACGAGGCGCUACGGGUUGCGUCGCUGGCCCUCAACGCGGACGGGUGCCGGAUGUUCCGGUCGUUUUUCCAGACGGGCGAGUGGAACGAUCUCGGCGCGGCGCAGAUGGAGUUCCUCAUGCGCAUGCCGGGGCCGCUGCGGUACCUGUACUAUCUAUGGGUCAAGUAUGUGCGGCGCGACGACGUGUGGGCCGGGCUGGUGCGCGACUGGCGGCCGCAGAGCGCGUUUGAGAACUGGCAGCUCGUAGCCAGGCGCGAGGCGAUCCGGUCGGACUGGUUCGACUGGUGGGAGGAGGCGGGAGUGGACUUUCUGAUUACGCCGCCGAAUGCUACCCCGGCUGUUCCUCACGGGGGGAUGAAGGACGCGGUGAGCAGUUGCGGUUAUACUUUCUUGUUUAAUCUUCUCGACUACACCGCCGGCGUCCUCCCCGUGACGCACGUUGAUAAGGCUUUGGAUCAGCUCCCCGAGGACUUUAACAUUCGCAAGUUGAACGGGGUUGCUCGGGGGGCGUACAAGUUGUACGAUGCGACGGCCAUGCACGGCCUUCCUGUCGGGGUACAGGUUGUCGGACGUCGUCUGGAAGAGGAGAAGGUCUUGUCUAUCAUGAAGAGGGUAGAGGAUGCCCUCGGAGACGACAAGUAUAAGCUCCUGGAUAUUGACUGAUGGUGGUACAUGGGUUUUGUUCUUUACUGGGCAUUGAUUCACGUUACAUCUAGCAUGAACACUCUGCAGUGAAGACUAGUACAUUUUACUCACAUCAAUUACGAUGACAUGAAAUUUUGGGAUAUAUUGGAGCGUAUCAUUGCCGGACGGGACCAG